UGCACAGCACAGUUUACUAUACGGAAUAUAGUUUCUGGUCCUUUAUUUUCGCGAUCCUUUAAGAAAUGGCUGCUGCAGCUGUGGCUACGCCCGGUGCUACGGUGCUACCUUCGAGCACUGCUGCAGCGGGUCCUGCACCACUGAAGGUGCCCGCGGCAGCAGGCAAGGUACCACUGAAUCUGGUAGAAAUCGCCGGUGAGGCCAACAUUGUGAACUACAUGAAGAAUCGAUUGCGCAAGGGAGCGAUGAAGCGCAAGGGUCUGGAGAUUGUGAACGGACAUCACUUUGCGGUGCGCUUCUUUAAGCAGCCCACUUACUGUGGCCACUGCAAGGACUUCAUCUGGGGCUUUGGCAAGCAAGGUUUUCAGUGCGAGGAAUGUCGCUUUAAUAUACAUCAGAAGUGCUGCAAGUUUGUGGUCUUCAAAUGUCCUGGCAAGGACACCGACUUCGAUGCCGACUGCGCGAAGGUGAAGCAUGGCUGGAUCUCCACCACCUACACCACGCCCACAUUUUGUGAUGAGUGCGGCAUGCUGUUGCACGGCGUUGCCCAUCAGGGCGUCAAGUGUGAGAACUGCAAUCUGAAUGUGCAUCAUCAGUGCCAAGAGCAAGUGCCGCCCAUGUGCGGAGCGGACAUUAGCGAAGUGCGCGGCAAGCUGCUGCUCUACGUGGAGCUCAAGGGCAACAACCUCAAGGUGGAGAUCAAAGAGGCAGCUAAUCUUAUACCCAUGGACACCAAUGGAUUUAGCGAUCCUUACAUAGCCGUGCAAAUGCAUCCUGAUCGCUCUGGACGCACUAAGAAGAAGACCAAGACCAUACAGAAGAAUCUCAACCCGGUGUUUAAUGAGACAAUAACUUUUGAGCUUCAGCCACAGGACAGGGAUAAACGUCUGCUGAUUGAGGUCUGGGAUUGGGAUCGCACGUCACGCAACGAUUUCAUGGGAUCGUUCUCAUUUAGUCUGGAGGAGCUGCAGAAGGAGCCCAUUGACGGCUGGUACAAGUUUCUCUCUCAGGUCGAGGGCGAGCACUACAACAUACCCUGCGUGGAUGUCAUCAACGAUAUGGCACGUUUGCGGGAUGAAGUGCAGCACGAGCGUAAGCCCAAUGAAAAGCGACGCAUGGACAACAAGGACAUGCCUCACAACAUGAGCAAGCGGGACAUGAUACGCGCUGCCGACUUUAACUUUGUCAAAGUCAUUGGCAAAGGCUCCUUUGGCAAGGUGCUGCUAGCCGAGCGACGUGGCACGGAUGAGCUAUACGCAGUUAAGGUCCUGCGCAAGGAUGUCAUCAUACAAACGGAUGAUAUGGAGCUGCCCAUGAAUGAGAAACGCAUCUUGGCUCUGUCGGGCAGACCACCUUUCCUGGUAGCCAUGCACUCCUGUUUCCAGACCAUGGACCGCCUCUUCUUUGUCAUGGAGUACUGCAAGGGCGGGGAUCUCAUGUACCACAUGCAGCAAUAUGGGCGCUUCAAGGAGUCGGUGGCCACUUUUUAUGCCGUCGAAAUUGCCAUCGCUUUGUUUUUCCUCCAUGAGCACGAUGUUAUCUAUCGCGAUCUCAAGCUCGAUAACGUCCUGCUGGAUGCAGAGGGUCAUGUUAAGCUGGUAGACUUCGGUCUUAGCAAGGAAGGCGUCAGCGAUCGAGAUACCACGCGCACCUUCUGCGGCACACCCAACUACAUGGCCCCAGAGAUUGUUAGCUAUGAUCCUUAUUCCUCGACUGCUGAUUGGUGGUCCUAUGGCGUGCUGCUCUACGAGCUGAUGGCGGGCCAGGCUCCAUUCGAGGGCGACGAUGAUUCAACAAUCUUCCGCAAUAUCAAGGACAAGAAAGCUAUUUUUCCCAAGCACUUCUCGCAGGAAGCCAUGGAUAUUAUAACAAGCUUUCUGGCCAAGAAGCCCAACAAUCGUUUGGGUGCGGGUCGCUAUGCCAGGCAGGAGAUCACAACGCAUCCCUUCUUUCGCCACAUCGAUUGGGACAAGGCGGAAGCAUGCGAAAUGGAGCCACCCAUUGUGCCCAGAAUUAAACAUCGCAAGGACAUCAGCAACUUUGAUGAAGCUUUUACCAAGGAGAAAACGGAUUUAACUCCUACCGAUAAGCUUUUCAUGAUGAAUUUGGAUCAAAAUGAUUUUAUUGGUUUUUCAUUUAUGAAUCCCGAGUUUAUAACCAUUAUCUAAGCUUAAAAGCUAUUU